CUUCCCUUCCCCUUUCUACACCUUCUUCUUCUUCCCACCAAACCACUCUCUUCACAAACAAAACUUCACAACUUUCCAAAAAUGUCAUCCCUCAAAUCCCGUCUGCAACACUGCUUCACUCCCCUCUCUCUCCGAUGCUACCUCGCCGAGUUCAUCUCCACAUUCCUCUUCGUCUUCGCCUCCGUUGGCGCCGCCACCGCUUCAUGGAAGAUGACGCCGGCCGCGGCCACUGACCCGGCCUCCCUCACGGCCACCGCGGUCGCAAGCGCCUUCGCUCUUUCGGCCGCCAUCUACAUGGCCGCCGACAUCUCCGGCGGCCACGUCAACCCCGCCGUGACGUUUGGGAUGGCCGUGGGCGGACACAUCACCAUCCCGAUGGCCGUCUUCUACUCCAUCGCACAAUUGCUCGGAUCCGUCAUGUCUUGCCUUCUCCUUAAAACCAUGACCGUUGGACAGCAAAUCCGGGUCCACAGGAUCCCGGACGAGAUGACGGGAUUCGGCGCGUCGGUGCUCGAGGGCGUGAUGACGUUCGGGCUCGUGUACACGGUGUAUGCGUCGAGGAGGGGCGGCGUGGUGGGGCCGUUGGCGGUCGGGUUCAUGUUAGGCGCGAACGUGUUGGCGUCCGGGCCUUUCACGGGCGGCUCGAUGAAUCCGGCGCGCGCGUUUGGGGCGGCCGUUGUGGGAGGGAGUUUCAGGAAUCAAGCGGUUUAUUGGGUCGGGCCGUUGAUGGGAGCCGCCCUUGCCGGAGUUCUCUACGACAAUGUGGUGUUCCCUGUGCCAGUUUCCGAGGCAGUCGUCGAUAUCUAAGUUACUUGUAAAUAAGUUAGUGUAAAGUUGAAUUUAGUGUUGUUCGUGUGUUGUAUUUAGCCUUUGAAUCAAAUGGUUGUUUUUGUCGCACAUGUCGAAUCUGAUAGACUAUUAGGUUGUGUUUGGUUAUGUAGGAAUAGAUAGAACAUGUUGGAUGGAGAGUACUUCAGUCAUUUUUAUGUGUUUGUUUUCUUAGUUUGGGCUAACUUUGGUCUCGA